AUGGAUCCUUCACUUUUUAUUUAUCUGGCGAAUGGGGUUACGAUCUAUGUCCUGGUAUAUGUUCAUGACAUAUUGGUCACAAGCAGCAAGUCUACUCAUAUAUCAGCCCUUCUUGACCAGCUCUCCAAGGCAUUUUCAAUCAAAGAUCUUGGACCCUUGCACUAUUUUUUGGGCAUUGAGGCUGUAGAACAUAGCAAAGGGUUGCUUCUCUCUCAACAAAGAUACAUUAAAGAUUUGCUACACAAAACCAGUAUGACUGAUUGCAAGCCGGUUCUUACUCCAGUUCCAGUCUUGUGCAAACCUGCCAAGUCAAGGGGUGCACCGUUCACUGAUGCUACAUUGUAUCGUUCCACUGUGGGUGCUCUACAAUAUGUAACACUUACGAGACCCGAUGUUGCUUAUGCUGUAAAUAGGGCCUGCCAACAUAUGCACGCCCCUACAGAGGAGCAUUGGUCCCUUGUGAAGCGUAUACUACGGUAUCUCAAAAGCACCAAGUCACAUGGGCUCCUCAUUGACAAGAAAUCAACCCCGCAUAUCCAAGCCUAUUCUGACGCUGACUGGGCUGGUGACAGCACUGAUAGAAGGUCCAUCGGGGGUUUGUAG